GCAAGUGCUGUAAGUAUUACCGAGCCAUAAUUAUACAACCAACGGCAAUAAUUAAAUGAUUAGUUUCAAGGUUACAAAGUUGUUUAUCAAUUCUAUGUGCAAAACAUCUAGAAUUUGGAUAAAAUUUAGCUCAAGUUUUCAGGUGACCAAAUUUGUUGUAGUAACAUGAGGGUCGUCAAAGCAGGCAUCCUGUUCAUUUGCAUAUUGUUUGUGCAUUGCGAUCGUUUAAGGAAAUUAGAGCGUAAAAUGCUUUCAAUGCAAACAAUGACCUAUCAGGAUAUAAGUAUGCUUAGAGAGUCUGUUGAUAGGAACUUUGAGGAAUUGGAACGAAUUAGUAUGAUAAUUAAUGCGUCCCUUUUGCAAACAGCACAUCUACCUACUCCAGUACAAACAUCUGCUCCUGACAGUAAGGAGGAAGAACCAGAAUCAGAUGGAACAGAAUUGGAGUCAGAAGUCAAAAGACUUAAACGGGGCUUCAAAGAUCAAAAAAUGUUCUUUCAUUCUUGGAAAGAGGAUUUGGGUAAUGAGGUAAAAGGUCUUCACAAAAGAAUCGAAAAGCAUUCAAAUGAAAUAGCUGACAAAGUUAAUGAAACAAGCAAUGUUGUGAAUGCAGUGAUGUCGUUCACAAAAGAUACUUUGGAAGACGUUAUUAGUGUCAAAGAAAUACUUAAGAUAAUUUCAGAAAAUGUAACUGCUCUCAAAGAUCGUGAAUUGGUGAACACACUCAAACUAGGUGCUCUAUCGGAUGUAAAUAAAAAUUUCAGUGAAAGCAUUAUCUCGAGUCUUAGCAACAUAAAAAAUGAGCAGAAGAAGUCUAGUUCAGACAAAGAAGUGUUUAAAACUUGUUCUGCGGCAGUACACAACUCGGAGAAAAUAAUUAAUCUAUUGUCAUCAUCGGGGGAGUUUAAGGACGUACGGUUAGUUGGCGGAUCGGCUUCUUCUGGUAGACUCGAAGUCUUCCUUCAUGGGAAAUGGGGGACAGUAUGCGAUGAUGAAUUUGGAACAAGUGAAGCUGAGGUUGCCUGCAGGACACUGGGCUUUAAUGGCGGAGGCGUUCCCAGACAAAGUGCAUAUUAUGGAGAAGGAACUGGCCCAAUUUUAUUUGAUAACGUUAAAUGUAACCGGAAAGAAAAGAAUUUGUUUAAUUGUGAAAUUGAUUAUGACACAUCCGAUUGCGGACAUAGCGAGGAUGUUGGUGUCGAAUGUAGGGACUGAUCAUUUGUUUGUAAUGAAAAAAUGUGUUUUUUUUUUAAAACAAAUCCAUACACAUAAUGUUUUUACAUACUUCUAAUAUAGGGUUUCUUUAUGUAAACAUACUAUGCUUUGCGUCAAUAUUUAAAGAUAUCUUCUCUAUUGGUGUUGACCAAACAGUCACAUAAAAUAAUUUAAGCCUUUAAAUGACAUACCAUACAGUUCAUAGAAAGUUAGUACACUAUUUUUAACAUUUUAUCAGUGACCGAGUGUCUAUGUACGAUUAGAACUUAGCUUGAGAUGUCCUUAAUGUUUUCCUUCGGAGAAAAAAAUUUAUAAAAGGAAUGAAUGCAUAUACGCAAGUAACACUCCGAGAUUGACAUUGUGAUGGAGUUCUUAGAAAGUUGAAACAAACUUGUUUCAAUAGAAAUAAUAAAAAUACUCUUGACUAUUAAUUAAAAUGGACUUGACUGAGUAUUGAAAUGGACCACGUGAAAGUAUCUAUGGUUAUUGUUGCCAAACGUUUAGUGUUGGGGUUGAAUUCGGCUUAAGCCGGUGCUAGGGGACAAAAUGGAUCUGCAAUUGUCAACUACUUGUCUUUUUCAAGAUUUUUAAGUUUGGCUCCUAUGCUCAUCGAUGCAAGCGAUUAUUUUAAUACUAAAAGGAACUGCAUCGGAUCUUUUUGUCUUAAAAGUGAAUUUCUGAUAAAAUGUCAUUAUAAUGCAUAUAUUGUGAGAAUACUAUAGAACCGUUUAAGAAAUGUGUGUAAAAAUAAGCGCUUGUGUUAAUAAAUAACAAUAUAAACUGCGCAUAGAUAAUCAAAUAUCGUUAAGUUUGAAAUGUUUUGUUGGUAAAGUAACUCAAAUGCUUUCAAACAGUUCAUUAACUAGUGAGAAAAAUGAUAUUUAGGUAACAAAAUAUUCUGGUUACUUUAUUUUGAUAUUUUACAAAACACAUCAAUAGUGUACAUUUUUAAAUUAACGCAAAUAUGAGCUCAUAUGUACUUUCAAAUUGAAAAUUCAAAACAAUAUUUCAGCCAUUAUAAAUAGUUUACUUCCAGUGCGGAAGCAUUUAAUUUUUACUUCUAUUCUUGACAAAGAUCCUUUUGUAAAUAUAUACUUUAAAUGACCGAGAUUUUUUCCCCUUAAAGUUAUGAGUAAAACCUUCACUCGAAACUUUUUUAGUUGUUUAACCUAAAGCUUGCUGUAAGCUACAGAAUCUAGCAAUACAAUUAGUGCAGACCAAGAUCAGCCAACAUAUCUAUGCAGGCUGCACUUUUCACUAUUCAGACAGCGCUUAUUUUUAAAAUUUCCCAAAAACUAAUGAUGAAUGGUUUUGUCCGGAUUAUAAGAUAGACAUGUCCAUUUAAGAUAAGGGAUAAUAUAUUAUUUUCACGCUUAUUUCCACAGCCAAGUUUUCUCACAAUUAAGAUAAUGAUUAAAAUAUAUUAUUUUUACGCUUAUUUUCACAGCCAAAUUUUUUCACAAUUUAGAUAAUGGUUGACAUAUUAUUUUUACACUUAUUUUUACAGCUUAUGUUUUCUUUAUGUGUAAAUGUAGCUAUUAGAUUAAGUCAUUUCAUAUGUGCAUAUAGAAUUUAUACAACAACCAUUUUCUAGAAAACAUAGUUUUUGAAUAAAGUUAUCAUAUACUUACAAAUAUAUUUCUCUGUAUAUAUAUAUACAAAGAAAAAACACACGAAAAAUCGAGCCAAUUAUUUUUUAUCUUCGUGGUGCAUAUUUCUUAUAUAUACAGCUAGAUAAUGCUUUGGCAUGGAACACUGAUAUCAGUUCUAAUGAUAUCACCUCAUCUUUUGUGAACUCUGAAAGACCAAAUAUUCAUUUAUUUAAAUUGAAUACAAUUUGCCCGGCAAUGGCUUUAUGACAUUAAACGCAUUUGUCGUUUUUUGUAUUUCUGACAAUGUGUGUCAGAAUAUUAGAUUCAUGGUUUUGAAUGAAAAUCCAUAGCAAGUGAACAAUGUCAACGUAACUAAAUCUAUCCCAUUGUAUGAAUGGCAAUCGGUAAAAUGAAAGGAAUGCUCAAAAUAAAGUACUUGAGUGACUAUCGUUUUUAUAUCAGACUUUCUCUUCAUUGCUAGAGACUGAAUAAAUAGGAAAAUACAGUGUAUUUUAUAAAUCAGCAUCAUGCUCUUUUUGCAAAGACUGGAUUUUCUACCAGAAUAUAUUAAAAACAUUCAUUUGUUCCUUGCUAUGGACUGAAGAAAUAGGAAAAUAUUUUAACAAUCAGUAUCAUGUACUUUUUGUAAAGACUGCAUUGUCUACUAGAACAUAUUAAAAAUGUACACCGUU